AUGGAAUCCUCUCCGCUCAAGAGCCGAGUCGGCUCUAUCGUGGGCGUGAAACGUCCAGCAGCCUUACUGCCUGCUUUCGAGCCGAGUUCAUCGCCCUCCCUUCCUCGACAGAAGCGUAUAGCACGCGAACCAGAAGUCUCGCUAUAUCCCACACCCGUUCCAACCUCGUCGACGCACAUCAUGUCGUCUUCUCCUCCACCACCCGGUGUCGCUGCCUCCCGGCCAUCCCUGCCUCGGUCCUUCUCUGCCACCCUCGAACGCGCUCCCUUGUCUGCCGUCCCUUCCAUAAUGUUGCGGGAGAACGGUGAACCUAUCUUGAUGGGAAGAUCCAGUGUCUCGUGUCAUCAUCAGCUAGCUGCUAGCCGCAUGAUAUCACGAGUUCACGUGAAGGCUACAUAUAAGCCUGCACCCAACCCGUUUGAUCGGGAUAGGGUCGAGAUUGUGUGCAUGGGAUGGAACGGUAUUAAGAUCCACUGCCAAGGGAGGAAAUACGACCUGGCCAAGGGCAAGACCUUUACGUCGGACAUCAAGGACGCGGAUAUCAUGAUCGAUGUCCACGAGGCCCGUGUACUCGUCCAAUGGCCUCGUGGUGAAACACGAGACUGCCCAUCCACCGAUUCCGAACAGACCAGUGAUGAAGCAACACCAACCCAAAGACGUCAAUCUCGCCAGCAGCUGCAGGAAAGCCCACUUCUCGAUCGCCAGCGCCUGGCAUCACCUGUGUCCCCGUCUCCUGCUGCUCAACAUGCGAUUCCUCCAUCCUCUCCCAUUUUCACACCUUCCCGAGCUCGUGCGGCAGUAGUGGUAUUUGAGGAUGAGCCGUCUCCACUUAAACGCCAUAAUACAGUGACCGGGGUCACGUCUCAAAGUGCUCGCAGGGCCACUGCCCUCUUGCAUACCUCGCAUGGCAGUGAGCUGAGUGAGUUGAGUAGAUCUGACGAGUUCUCCGACAAUGAUGAAGAGAAUGAUCCCAUCGUUCAUUCUUUCGGUCCCUUUGGCGACAACCUUCUUCCUCGUAUGGCUUCUUUCCGUGCAGGCGAUUCCCCCAUCCAAUCUGCUCGCUCCCCCCGCAGUCUACUGCCUGCUCAGCCCCUCCAGCCCACGCGGUCCCCUAGACAGCCGGCCACGUCCCACGAGGAGAGAGACAACGAACCCACCGAGGCCAAGCCCCAGUACACCGACGAAGGAUCCGAGAGAGUCCGCAACCACGCUGCUAACCAACUCGCUUUCUCCCGACUCUCUUCCACCCCAUUCUCGACCAUUUUGAACAACCUUCCUCCUGCCUACUGGAAGUCUGGUCACGGAAACAUCACUGGCCCCUCCAAGUCUGACAUUCGCAACAUCCUCGCAUCCACCAAGUUCAUUGGGCGUGUUGCCCGCGAAGGAAAAGACGCCGCCGGCAAGCCACUCGAGAGUGAAUACUACUACGUUCCUGAUGAGGAUGAAGAUGUGAUGCGUCGGUCCGCUGUGGUGGAUGACCUCCGGAAACCUGGCCUGCGCAACUGUCGCAAACAGCACAAGGUUUGUCAACCCUUUAUUCCCUGUACAUCAUUGAAUGUACUUUGUACUUGA